AUGGAUAUAAAAAGGGACUCUAUAAUUGGGCUUGAAGAGGCGGAUACGGCAGAGCCAAACAUACACCCCAAGCUGCAGCGCUGCAGAGAAUAUGCUGCUUCGGUGGAGCCUGACCCUCGCUACGUUGAGAAUUCAGCGCACGAAAAAAUUGUGCUGGAGCAGCUGAAGCUCUUUGAGUCGCAAAGCCAGGACUUGUGUCCUUUCAAACGUUCGACGCCCGACCAAAAGGCCGACGCAAAAGACGAAGGUCCUGGUGACACUGCGCAAGAAGACGACGCAACAUUUAAAAUAGAAUUGCCAAAACCUUUGAGGUAUGAAGAGCUCGAGAAGUUGGCUGAGGAGAGGAGGAAGGAAAGAGAGGAGAAAGAAAACGCCCUUUUGAAAGCUGAGGACUCUGAAGAAGAAGAAGCAGCAGCAGCAAAAGAUAAACAUCGAGGCAAAAGGGUCAACAUGAGGCCAAAACUGAAGGCACAAGAAAUUGAUUUCUCUCUUUCUAACUCGCGGUUUUUCGAAUGCGCCCUCUGCAUGCCCCCCAAGACUGAAGAGCACGAGAACCAACUUGCUGAAUUCGGCGCCGACAGGAAGAACAAGAACCUCAACGCUUUGUUCGCGCCUCGCGCCUGGUGCCGCCGCAUUCAACUCUCCUCUCUGGAUUUAUUAAACCCUUUUUAUGGAGGUCAAAAAACAGUGUUUUACAAAGACGCCAAACUCCAGGAGUUUGCGCCUUACUCUCAGGCGGACGGCCUAGUACGUUGCAUCACUUUCUACUCCAACCCGCGUCGAAACCUCCCGGAAGAAAUCCUCUUUCAAUUUGAACACAGAAACGACGGGCUGGAGGAACGCGUCUUCUGGCCAGCUGCUCGCCGCCAAGUCGAAAGAUAUGCACCAGGCAAUCCUCACGCCCUGCGCGAAGUUGUUACGGUGUACGGAGAGAGGCGUGAGCUGCACUUCUACAACUCCAGACUCGACGGCUUAGUUAAGCAUGUGGAGCUGUUUGGAAAAAAGAUUUACGAGGAGUUCGAAGGCCGCAGCGACGGGCUUAUAGAACACGCAGUGAAAAUGGAGGAAGGAGAGAGCACUGAGGAAGGCGGCGAAACCCUCAAGGUUUUUGGCUCCUUGAUGUCCAUCAAGCGCGUCUCUGAGAAGUUCCGGCGGCCUCCCAACCAGCAAGACGGGGACCUGUGCAUCAGCAAAGUCAGCUACAGAUCUGAAGGAAAACUCAGAAUUGAUUUUCACCCUCGCAAGCAGUCCAUUAUCAAGCCCGUUCUUUAUUUCAAACGCAUUCGCUCUCUGCUGCAAUACGAUGGAGAGGAGGCGCCCUUCAGUGGCGGCUGUAAAGCGCCAGCUCCCACAGAAGCAGAAUGGCGCCGGCAGCAGCAAACAGCUAUUGAGCUGGCUCGAUCAGCAGCAGAGCAGCAGCUUUUGAAAAAGAAGAUUUGGAUUUUGCGGCAUGAUGGAGACAGUUCAGGAGCAGCAAAAGUGGACAAAGCAAUAAGCUGCGAGGGCCCCAUUGAUGCUGCUGCUGCUGCUGCUGCUGCUGCAGCAGAGGCGGCGGCAGCGCCCGCUGCUGCUGCGGAGUUCUUCGCUGCUGCAGCAAGCACGCUGCCGCCCGGGGCUGCAGACGCACCCCCAGCAGCAGCAGCAGCAGCAGCAGCAGCAGCAGCAGCAGCAGCAGAGGGGAAGGAGUGGAAGCCAAAAUACCCUUUUUGCUGCCACCCCACACUGACACCUGCCCUUGUGGAUAUUGCUGCUUAUGUUGCUGCUAAACAGCCAGCAGCAGAUGCUGCAGAUCAGCAGCAGCAGCCCACAAGAAGUCAUUCUCUCCUAGCAGCAGCAGCAGCAGCAACAGCAACAGCAACAGCAGCAGCAGCAGCAGCAGCAGCAGCAGAAGCAGCAGCAGAAGCAGCAGCAGCAGCAGCAGCAGCAGAAGCAGCAGCAGAAGCAGCAGCAGCAGCAGCAGCAUAG